AUGAUGUGCACCUUGGCCGUUCUUAUUCUCGCCUCUAUCAUUGCUGUCUCUUCAGGAUUUGCCUACGAUGACGAGCACAACACAGAUCUUGCUAGAGAACGAUUUGCUCGUGAGCUCGAUCAGAAGCAGAAAUUCGCUUUUGCAUUCGCUAAACGUGGUGAAGAUGUACCAGACGCAAAACAACGAUUUGCACGUGAUCUUGAAAACGCCAAAAAGUUUGCAUUCGCGUUCGCUAAAAGGAGCUCAGAUAUGGUAGAAGAAAGUCGAUCAGCUCGGUUUGCUCGCGAUUUGGACAACGACAAAAAAUUCGCAUUCGCAUUUGCAAAGCGAUUGGCAGAUGAUGAGUUGAGGGCUCGCUAUCCUCGCACACCCAUGGAGGAUCAAGGCUUUGCCCGCGAAUUCGCAAAGAGAAGUGACGAUCGAUUAAUGCGAUUUGCCAGGCCAAGCUUCGCCUAG